GCCCGGGCUAAAGAGAGACCCAGAAUGGCUGAUGCAUUAAAAGCACCUUCCUUUUCUAAUGCAGUCUAUUGUCUCUCUCCGCCAUGCCUCCCACGCUGAGCACCAACAAUUUCUUGCUGAAAUUCAAGGCUGCCCGUCUGUUCUCGUUCCCUCUCCUCUGAUCCGCCAGCAGCCUCUUUGUCCCCCCCUCUCCCCAAUCAGCUGAGUGGGUGGCGUGGGAGUGGAUCUGACAAGGGGGGAAUCUCCCUUUUGCUCUCCAGCGAGUGGAUGGACUUCCUCCUCGCUCUUCCAUCUCGCCUUACCUGGUCGCGCAUCCUCAGUGGGUUGAUCCUCUCCGGGAGAUUUGCCCCUCCUAAUCUCUUCCCCCUGGUUGCUCCAUCGGAACAGCCGACGGCUGAAAAACAGGAGGAGAAACAACCGAGGAACAACUGAACGGACAGUUGGCUGUUGGGUAGGAGACGUUGGCUACUGUUGGGAUCUGACUUUCCACAGGAAGAUGGACUGUGAAAGCAAACAAUCUACCAAGACUCACUAGUGCCUGAUGAGAAAAGUGGCUGAUCCCUUGAUUUUCUUCCCCCAACAUCGCUUGACAGCUGAAGCCUUCAGAAGACAUGAAAAGGCAGAGCUAAAAUAUCAUGGCAUGCUUUUUUAGGAAGGAUACAAUUCCUUAAUUGAAGUUUCAUCUAAAUUGUGGUGCUUUGAUCACACAUAAAGCACAUCUUCAAAGAAAGGGGCAGUUAUGCCCAUGUAGUUAACUGAACAGAUUAAAAUAUAUCCACUUACACGGACACUGUACAAACACUGAUAAAUAUAACUGUCCAGCCAGACCUAUUUGCUCAAAAUGGAUGAUGGCCAUAGAAAUCAGGGGAGACAUGGCUUUGAUGACUAUCGCUACCAGGAUGGUGGCUACACAGGUUAUGCUCCCAACGACCCAGCCUAUCAAACUGGGGGGGAGCCCAAUCAGGAAGAAGAUGCUCAGAGCGAUGCUACCGAAGGCCAUGAUGAAGACGAUGAAGUCUACGAAGGAGAGUACCAGGGCAUUCCUCACCCAGAUGACAAACCUAAGCAGAAGAAAGCCGGUCUGUCCAAUGAGUUCAGAGAUCAUGACGAGCUAAUAGCAGAAAAAAUGGAAGAUGAAGAGCAAUUGGCCCAUCAGUAUGAGAAUAUCAUUGUGGAGUGCGGCCAUGGACGAUUCCAAUGGAUGCUUUUCAUUGUGCUGGGCUUGGCCCUGAUGGCGGAUGGAGCGGAAGUCUUCGUGGUUGGUUUUGUCUUGCCCAGCGCUGAAAAGGAUAUGUGUUUAUCAAGUUCCAACAAAGGAAUGCUGGGAAUAAUUGUUUAUUUUGGAAUGAUGGUCGGGGCCCUUUUCUGGAGUGGCCUAGCAGACAAGCUGGGCCGGAAGCAGUGCCUGAUCAUAUCACUCUCCAUCAAUGCCAGCUUUGCGUUCCUCUCCUCUUUCGUGCAGCAAUACGGUUUUUUUCUCUUCUGCCGCCUGAUCUCCGGUUUCGGUAUCGGAGGUUCCCUGCCCAUCGUCUUUGCUUAUUUCUCUGAAUUCCUAGCCCGUGAGAAGCGAGGGGAACACCUGAGCUGGCUCUGCAUGUUCUGGAUGAUUGGUGGUUUGUACGCCUCGGUCAUGGCCUGGAGUAUCAUCCCACAUUAUGGAUGGGGGUUCAGUAUGGGGACCCAUUACCACUUCCACAGCUGGAGGGUUUUUGUGGUGGUCUGUUCCCUCCCUUGCAUAGCGUCACUUGUGGCUCUGAAAUUCAUGCCAGAAAGCCCACGUUUUUUGUUAGAGAUUGGUAAGCAUGACGAAGCGUGGAUGAUCCUUAAGCAAGUCCAUGAUGUCAACAUGAGGGCCAAGGGAGAACCAGAAAGGGUAUUCACGGUAGCUCAGAUAAAAACUCCCAAGCAGGUUGAUGAAUUUAUUGAAAUACAGAGUUCAACAGGAACAUGGUACCAACGUUGGUUUGUUAGAGCCAUGACUAUCAUCAGACAGGUAAUGGACAAUGUGGUUUAUUGUCUGACAGCACAGUACAGAAUGAACACACUAUUACUGUCGGUUGUCUGGUUUUCAAUGGCCUUGAGUUAUUAUGGCCUGAUUGUCUGGUUCCCUGAUAUGAUACGGUAUUACCAAGAGGAAGCAUAUAAGUCAGAGAGGAAGACUUUUGAGCCAGAAGUAGUGAAGGAUUUCACCUUUGACUUUAAUCUCAGAAACCAGCACUACUUGAAUUGGACAUUCAAGAAUGACAGGUUCAUCCAAAUGAAAAUGCGCGAUGUGACUUUUGAGAACUCCCUCUUCGAGGACUGCCAUUUUGAAGAUGUGACAUCCAGCCAGACCUUCUUCAAAAAGUGCACUCUGAUAAAAACCAACUUCUCUGACACAGAUCUCUACAAGCAUAAAUUCAUAGACUGCGAAUUUGUGAACAUCUCUGACUUUGGGGAGAAGGGAGGUUGCCAGCUGGAUUUUGAGGAGGACAAUGACUUCCUUAUUUACCUGGUCAGCUUCUUGGGAAAUCUGUCUAUCUUGCCUGGUAAUAUCAUCUCAGCUCUGCUGAUGGACAAAUUGGGAAGGAUCAAGAUGAUCGGGGGGUCCAUGCUGAUCUCUGCAGUGUGUUGUUUCUUCUUGUUCUUUGGUCAUAGCGAGUCAGCCAUGAUUGGAUGGCAGUGUCUCUUUUGUGGCACGAGCAUCGCAGCUUGGAAUGCCUUGAACGUCAUCACGGUAGAGCUGUAUCCCACGCAUAAAAGAGCCACAGCCUUUGGGAUACUCACCGGUGUCUGUAAAGUUGGGGCCAUCUUGGGAAACUCCAUCUUUGCCUCUUUUGUUGGGAUCACCAAAGUGAUCCCCAUUCUUCUGGCUUCUUCUGCUCUAGUUGGUGGAGGCCUCCUAGCCCUGCAGCUGCCAGACACACGGGACCAAGUCCUGAUGUGAGCAGCUUGAGGAUGAAACACAAUACCAGUCAACGGUGAAGAGACCUGUUUAGAAGAAAAUCAAAACGUCUACCAAUAUUUCUCUGCCAAUACCUCAUAUUUUGUGGGAAAAGGGGGAGAAGAAGAGACCUUCUACUGAAGGAAGGUUGAAUCCUUAAUUCUAGGAUUAUUGUGUAGUGAUGGUGGAGCCCACGCAGCCAGGCAAAAUACAUGAUACACCCCUUAUCUGACAAAUAUGUGCAAAGUUCUAAUCAAUAGCCAUCACAGCCUACUUGGAGAAAUUCAUACAUUAAAAGGAAUGUAUAAACAUCAAGAUAGACAUCAAUACAGAUAGCUUGAUAUCUGUAUUUCUACAGUUUUCCACAAAACUAGCUAGCUUAUCUUAUCCAUCAUUGCUCAUCUCUCUCUCACUAUCUAUCUAUCUAUCUAUCUAUCUAUCUAUCUAUCUAUCUAUCUAUCUAUCUUAUCCAUCUCUCUCUCUCUCUCUCUCUCUCUCUCUAUCUAUCUAUCUAUCUCUAUCUCUCUAUCUAUCUCCAUCCAUCAUCCAUCAUCCUCUCCUUUCUUCAAGAGCAAGGUAGAAUACAUAACACUCCUUCCAAUUUUUCCCCACAAAAAAACCCCAACAAUUCUUUUUUUAGGUUGGGCUUAGGUAGACUCACUGACCUCAGGUCUCCGCAAGCAUUUCCAUGGAGAAGAAAUUUGAACCUGAAUGCUCCAGAUGCUAGACAUGCAGUUGAACCACUAGUCCAGUGCUUCUCAGCUUUGGCACAUCAAGAUGUGUGGUCUUCAACUCUCCAAACUCAAUUCUGGGAAUGGAAGUCCACACAAUCUUCAAGUUGCCAAAGCUGAGAAGCAUUGCACUCCCCCAUCAAAGGUUCAGAUAAUUCUUUUGGAGAAAUGUCAGCCCUCAGCUCCACAUUUGGUCGAAGGCAGAGCCUUAUUGAAGGAUCCUAAAGCCACCCUGCCCAUAUGCUCAGUCUCUUCUCCUGUCGCCUCAGAAUAAACAAAUCCCUUUCUUUUUUUAUGGAAUUGGAGGAAUCAAUGGCCAUUUAGCCCAAUGUUUUUCUCAGGUCAUUUAGAUUUUCUAUUCAGUUUGAAAAAGUCUGGCCUAUAUUUGCAUUAUAUAUAUUAUAUAUAUGCACAUGCAAACAAAUACACAUAUUGUUCUGAAGUAUGCAUGUAAACGCACACACACAAACACACUCACUCUGAAUAAACAACCCAUUUCAUUCUCAUUGAUGGUCUAAAACAAAGCAGAAUGCUUCCAGUUUUCCCCAUGGAUAUUUUAAUUUCUGUAAUGGAGCCUAACGUAGUAAGAGAAAGUGCUGCUAAUGUUAAUUUAACCCAUUGGACAGUAUUGUAGUAUUCUACUGGGCAAUAUUUCUACAAAAUGAGGGAUUAUGCUGCUGUCUUUGAUUGAACUGGCUUCCAUCUGUAUGUUGCUUUCCAGAACCAAAUAUGUCCUUCCUCUACCCCAUGAAGAGGGGCAAGGAUUUAACUCAUCAAUGUAGAAAAUAUAGAACUAUUGGGAUGCUGUGCACUAUAGCCAUAUAAAUGCAUGGCAAUAGUUGAAUUAUUGAUAGAUGUCUAUUUAACUGAAGUUAGUGCAAAGUACAGAUUGGGGAACGGUCAUUCCCAUCCUUUCAGAAUUGCAGCCACUAAAAGCUUCUUUGUAGUACAGACUGAAAAUGCAUCAUCAGCUAGAGGAAAAGAAGAUUUUUCAGGAGGAAAAAGACUGUAAUUCUGACAUUGCUUAGGCUGUCUUGUUCUCAAGUGUUCCACGCCAUGAUCAAUUUUAGGAGGCAUGGAGGGAAAUCAACAUUGGCGUGUAGGGCAAAGACAUAUUGCAGGUGUCAAGACACACACACACACACACACACACACUGUCCCUGGAUGGAGAUGGCAAGAGACUGUGAUUGCCCCUGAGGCCAAGAAAAGACACACGUGGUCAUUAUGGAUGGCCUGAAGACAUGUGAUUCACAAUUGGGAAUGUGGAGUUUUGACUGAUGCUUUGGGCUGUUGCCAAGGAGGCCAGGACAAUUCUGAGAAGAGAGAGUGGACCUCUUGAUGCUUUUCAGGAGUGUUCUUCCUCACCAGGAUCCAAAGACCUCUCAAAAUACUUACAUCCUGUUUUGUAGGCAGUUUGCGGAAGACUUCCUGCUGAUGUUCUCUUUGUUAUCAGGUGGGGAAAAAAAGCCAUCCUCAGAGAAAUGCCAUAAAAAUGAAAACAAGCAAACCAAAACGCUGGGCCUCUUACUGUAAUGACAUCAAUCAAAUUUUUUAUUAUGGUCAAAGACCAUCAUAACCAUAAUAAUACCUAGAUAAGACUCCGUUACAUACUGUCCAGCUGAUGCAUGUUCAGUAUUCUCUGGCAUCUGUUCAAUGAGCUUGAGGUCCCGGCUGCUUUCUUCCUGUUGUCUUAAAUAUCAAAAAGCCAUACUGUCUGGUCCACUUGUAGGAAAAAUGGACAUGGAUGGGUCCAGAGCCAGACCUGAAUCUUCUCAUUUCCUCCUGUGAUGUUCUCUUGCACUUCUACGGACUUGUUUUGUACCCAGCCUGCAACUUGUGUAUGAAUACAUCUUCCUGAUAAUCGUGGGACCUGUAGCUGUAGCAUUAUGUGUACAUUGAAAAAAAAUGUAUUAUUGAGUAGAUGCAAUCACUAUCCACACUUACAUUUCCUUUAGACACUCAUCAUAAAAAAAGCUGCUUUACCUUCUGUAUCAGCCUCCCUAGAAUGCAUACCCAUCACCUUGAAUUUCAUGUGGGGCAAUGAGAUUGCAAUAAAUGCAGACCAAAUGGGUCAUCUGAG